AUGGGUUCCAUUAACAACGGUGGUGGUGGAGGAGGUGCGAACCACAUAAUUGAUGCUUUUGGAAGGCUCUUGACUUGUGUCUUGCGACAUAUGGCUUCUGAGCUAAACUUAAUGAUGAGGAAAGAUGAGCUAAAUUUGAGCUUUCUAAGACUACUCUUGAUGACAAGGGCAAUUAUGUCCUCUGCACAUACAAAAGAUCAAAGUUUUGGUGUGAUUGAAGUGUUUUUGGGGUUACAGGUGCAUGGAAUGCUAUCACAGAUGGACCCCGCAUUGGAUAUUAAGCUUAAUCGUGGAAUACAUGAUGCACUUGCAUCUGAAGAAGCUUUCUUCCAAAGCCAUCCAAAAGCUAAAGCUCCAGAACUCUCUACCAAGAAAUUAUUUGGUGACUUGCCACGACUUUGGCAUCGUGUCAAAGCCCCCCAUCCAAAAGAUGCUGCCCAACUGGCACUUAAAAAGAUGCCUUCAGCCGAGCAAGAAAUCAUAUCAAUGGGUGAGUAUCAGCAAGGUGUUGGUGCUUGGAUUUUUGACCUUGAAGAUUUAAAAUUCAAAGCAUCCUUGGUGCAAGAUGAUGACGAAAUUCAAGAUAUCAGGGACCAUGAUGUAGAUUCAACUUCAUUUGCCAAUAAUGAAGCAUCCAAUUCGAAGGCUACUACUAUUGGCAAACAUUCCACAAGCGACAUUGAAUCUAGGUCGAUGUUUAUCCUUGAUGAAGUUGUCCCAUCUGAAUCCCUAAUCAAUAAAGAAAGUAAACUGCCAAAAACUGAUGAUAAAGGAAGUAUUAUUGUUGAAGAAAAAAGCAGAAAAGAAACAAAGAAACCACAAGCAGAUAAAGAAGCAGCAGUAGCACAGAGUGCACCUCUUGUGGCUGCUAUAGUCUUGAAUCAUUCAAAGUCUGGCAGGACUUGUACUUUAGAAAGGUGUGAAACUGAAAGCUCACAAUUUGUUGAUAAAAUCCAUCAUCAGCUCUAA